ACCCCUCUGUCAAAAUUAAAAAAUAAAUCAAAAAACAGCGCGUGCUCUUACUCUCUCUCCCACAUUCAAAUUUCCUUCUUCUUCUUCUUCUUCUUCUUUCAUUCUCCCUUCUCACUCACUCUCACUCUUCCCCUUCCCUUUCACACACAACAAAACACAAAGCAAACCGCCACAAACCCAAAAUCUCGCCACAAAAUCCAAAUCUCGCCACAAAACUCUCUUCUCCCUGUCUCUUUCUUCCCUCUGUUUUCUCUGUCAUUUAGAGAGGAAGCUGUGUUUUUGCAGAGAAUCACCUACCCAUCUUCAUCUCAACACUCAAUCCACCCUGCAUUUUCCAUUUCAUGCAGAGAUUCCAUCUGGGUCUCUCUCAAAACACCCCCUUCAUGAUGGAUUCUUCCUUAUCAUCAUCAUCAUCCCCUAUCUCCCUCAAAAACCAAAACACACCCUUUCAAGACCCUCCACAAGCUUCCCCAAAACCCUCCAAGAAAAGCUUGGUAGCUUCUCUAAUGGGCGCUGCCACCACCCUCCGCACCCCUUCCUUCAAAGAAGACAACUACUUCAUCUCCCUUCUCAAAUCCUCUGAGAAGAAAGCCCUUCAGGAGCUCAAGGAAAAGCUCCUUGCUUCUUCUGAUUCUUCUUCUGAUUCUGGUUCUUCCAUGUGGGGUGUUCCUCUCCUUGGUGGUGAUGACAGAGCUGAUGUGAUACUCUUGAAGUUUCUCAGAGCGAGGGACUUCAGGGUUGGUGAAGCUCUCAACAUGCUUCUCAAGUGCUUGGCUUGGAGGAAAGAGUUUGCUGCUGAAACUGUUGCAGAAGAGGAUUUGGGGUUCAAGGAGCUUGAAGGGGUGAUUGCUUAUAUGCAAGGCUAUGACAGAGAGGGACACCCUGUUUGCUACAAUGCCUAUGGGGUGUUCAGGGACAAGGACAUGUAUGAGAGGAUUUUUGGAGAUGAAGAGAAGCUGAAGAAGUUUCUAAGGUGGAGGGUUCAGGUCCUUGAAAGAGGGAUCAAGCUUCUUCAUUUUAAGCCUGGUGGGGUCAAUUCUCUCAUUCAGGUCACUGACCUUAAGGACAUGCCCAAGAGAGAGCUCAGGGUGGCUUCUAAUCAGAUCCUUUCUCUGUUUCAAGACAAUUACCCUGAAAUGGUGGCUCGCAAGAUUUUCAUCAAUGUGCCCUGGUACUUUAGCAUGUUGUAUUCAAUGUUCAGUCCAUUUUUGACUCAAAGGACUAAGAGCAAGUUUGUAAUCUCUAAGGAAGGAAAUGCUGCAGAGACACUCUACAAAUUUAUAAGGCCUGAAGACAUUCCUGUUCAGUAUGGAGGACUGAAUCGUCCCAGCGAUUUGCAGAAUGGUCCCCCAAAACCUGCUUCUGAGUUCACUGUCAAAGGAGGGGAGAAAGUAAACAUACAAAUAGAAGGAAUUGAGGCUGAUGCAACUAUCACGUGGGACAUUGUGGUUGGAGGUUGGGACUUGGAAUAUAGUGCUGAGUUUGUCCCAAAUGCUGAAGGAAGCUACACCAUUGCAGUUGAGAAGCCAAGGAAGAUUGGAGCCUCAGAAGAAGCAAUUCACAACUCAUUCACUUCUAAAGAAUCUGGGAAAAUGGUACUCUCUGUUGAUAACUCUGCCUCCAGGAAGAAAAAGGUUGCUGCUUAUCGCUAUGUCGUCCGCAAAUGUAGCACCAGUUGAGAUGGCCAUUAAUAGCAUGUUUGGAUUCAUGUUUAAAUCUUCCAAAAUCGAUCAUACUCUCUCAAAAGCUAUUAGGAGUUUCUUCUCCCAUAAACAUGAAAAUCAUCUACCGUGCAUCCAAUCAUGCAUUAAGUUUCAAAUAGCUUUUUGGAGCUUUUUAUUUAACUUUUUGCUCUUGAUGUUUCUUUUGUCUAAUAUUUUGGAGGAUUCUUAUUUAUGCUUCUGAACUUGUCGAAGCCUGUUUAAUAGGGGUAUUAAUCAACUACUAGUAGUGUAGUGUACUAGUGUAUUGUAUAAAAGAGAACAAAUGGUGGUAGUGUUAUAUUUCUUGGUAUAGGAGAAAGGCAAUUAAGUUUGCUUGUGUUGCAUACCAUGUUUCUAUUUGUGAGCUAGUGACAAUUGCAUUGUCAUUUGAGACACGUGGAAUUUACAAGUUGGGAUUGGUUAUGGUGUCAAUUCAGAGAAAGACAGAGAUUGUUUAUUUGGCUUGUUGUGUAUGUUGCAAUCUACACAGGGAUCGCUUUGUGAAGGCGCAAUCUAUGGUUUGUGAUUUGGAGUUCUGUUUUUGUAUUGGGUUUGAUUGGUUGAAGGAAAGUGCUUGGGAUGUGUUAGUCGAAAUGAAAAGAAAAGUUACCACCAAA